CACGUUUGGACUGUCGGGAGACAGUCUGACGGAGAGCACAUUUUGGGGACCCACUUGACAUGAUGUGGUCUUGGUUGCCUGAUCCUUCUUCCAUCUGCGGAUCGUGGUCCCUGUAACAGCAGAAGGAUCAGCCUCCCUCUUUCCUCUGGAGGACCACCCUUCUAGGGACUCUGAGGAACAAUGGAAGUCUUGGGGUUUCUCAAACUGGAAGUGAAUGGCCCCAUGGUGACAGUGGCCCUCUCAGUGGUCCUCUUGGCCCUCCUGAAAUGGUACUCUACAUCAGCGUUUUCAAGACUGGAGAAGCUGGGCAUCAGACAUCCCAAGCCUUCUCCUUUUAUUGGAAACUUGACAUUUUUCUUCCAGGGUUUCUGGGAAGGCCAAAUGGAGCUCAGAAAGCUAUAUGGACCUCUGUGUGGGUACUAUCUUGGUCGCCGGAUGUUUAUUGUUAUCUCCGAGCCAGACAUGAUUGAGCAGGUGUUGGUUGAGAACUUCCAUAACUUUACCAACAGAAUGGUGUCAGGUUUGGAGUCCAAACCAGUAAUGGACAGCAUCCUGUUUUUACGCGACAGGAGAUGGGAAGAGGUCAGAAGUGUCCUGACGUCAGCUUUCAGUCCUGAAAAGCUGAAUGAGAUGACUCCCCUAAUCAGCCAAGCCUGUGAUCUGCUCCUUGCUCACUUAAAACGUUGUGCGGAAUCCGGGGACGCUUUCGACAUCCAGAGGUGCUACAGCUGCUACACCACGGAUGUGGUUGCCAGUGUCGCCUUUGGCACCCAGGUGGACUCCCGAAGGGCCCCCGAGGACCCCUUUGUGACGCACUGCAGGCGUUUCUUCACAUACUCCGUCCCCCGGCCUGUCCUGGUUUUAAUCUUAUCAUUUCCAUCCAUAAUGGUCCCACUGGCCCGGAUUUUGCCCAAUAAGAACCGAGAUGAACUGAAUGGCUUUUUUAACAAACUCAUUAGGAAUGUGAUUGCCUUGCGGGACCAGCAAGCCUCAGAAGAGAGGCGGAGAGAUUUCCUCCAACUGAUCCUGGAUGCCCGACAUUCCGCCCCCUCUGUGGGUGUGGACAGCUUUGAUAUGGUCAGACAAGUCUUCUCCUCCACCGACUAUGCCACGGGUCCCUCCCAGCCACACCAGCCCGGCCGCCUGUCCAAGCCGCUGACUGUGGACGAGGUCGUGGGCCAGGCUUUCAUCUUCCUCAUCGCUGGCUACGAGAUCGUCACCAACACGCUCUCUUUCGCCACCUACCUACUGGCCACCAACCCUGACUGCCAAGAGAAGCUUCUGACAGAGGUGGAUGGCUUUCAUGAGAAAUACCCGGCGCCUGACUACUGCAGCCUCCAGGAAGGCCUGCCCUACCUGGACAUGGUGAUCGCGGAGACCUUGAGGAUUUACCCACCGGCUUUCAGGUUCACGCGGGAGACAGCGCGGGACUGUGAGGUGCGGGGUCAGCGCAUCCCCGCGGGCACUGUGGUGGAGGUGGCCGUGGGCGCCCUGCACCACGACCCUGAGUACUGGCCACAACCCGAGACCUUCAACCCGGAGAGGUUCAAGGCCGAGGCGCGGCGACGACAACGUCCCUUCACCUACCUGCCGUUCGGGGCGGGCCCCCGGAGCUGCCUCGGGGUGCGGCUGGGGCUGCUGGAGGUCAAGCUGACGCUGCUGCACGUCCUGCGUCGGUUCCGGUUCGAGGCCUGCGCGGAGACGCAGGUACCAUUGCCGCUAGAAUCCAAAUCCGCCCUAGGUCCAAAGAGUGGCAUCUACAUCAAGAUUGUCUCCCGCUGACAGUGUUAUGAGGACACUCCCAGAUUCAAAGAAAACCUCCCUGUGGAAAUUCAGAUUUGGGGGAAACAUCACUGAAGCAAUUGAAAGGGUGCCUGACAUGCAAGUAUAUAAGAGGUCUUUCCAUAACUUCUCCUAAAUGCUUAAUAAAUGUUUGUUGCACUUA